CACCCUCAAACCCUUAUAUUAUCAUCAUCAGACCCAAACAAAAAAAAUCACAUUCAUUUUUUUCUCCGAUCAGGAAAACCAAAGUGCAAAACCAUGAGUUCCACAGGAGCUUCAACCAAGGGUGGCCGAGGCAAACCAAAGUCCUCGAAGUCUGUUUCUCGGUCACAGAAAGCUGGGCUUCAAUUCCCUGUGGGUCGUAUCGCCCGGUUCUUAAAAGCUGGCAAGUACGCCGAGCGUGUCGGUGCCGGAGCUCCGGUUUACCUCUCCGCCGUGCUCGAAUACCUUGCUGCUGAGGUUCUUGAGCUAGCUGGCAAUGCUGCUAGAGACAACAAGAAGAAUCGUAUUGUUCCAAGACACAUACAACUUGCUGUGCGAAAUGAUGAGGAGUUGAGCAAGCUUUUGGGAACGGUCACCAUUGCUAAUGGAGGUGUCUUGCCCAAUAUUCAUCAGAAUUUGUUGCCUAAGAAGAUUGGUAAAGGGAAAGGUGAUAUUGGAUCAGCAUCGCAAGAGUUUUAGGAUUUUUUUUGGGUGAGGAAUUUGAUGUUUGAGAUUUAAGAAACGGUCGAGGAUGGGAUUUGUUGGGUGCCCAUUUGGGCUUUCUGAUCUGUUUGGUCCUUGUAAACCCUUAAUUUGGGUAUUUUUGGUGGUUGAAUAUAAAGGAUAAUAAUUUAAUGUUUUACAAUUUUCUGUGUGAAAUGAAUAUUAUAUUGUUUAAGCUGAA